CCAGCUGCUGGCCCGCCCCUCUAGCCCCUCUGUGCACCUGCCAGGAUCAUGAAGGAGGUGAAGGAGUCCAGAGACCAGCAACUCACGGUGGCCCUUCGGAUCCGGCCGAUCAGCAUGGUGGAGCUGGAGGAAGGAGCUACUCUCAUAGCUCAUAAAGUGGAUGAACAGGUGGUGGUGCUCAUGGACCCCAUGGAGGACCCCGAGGACAUCCUGCGAGCCAACCGCUCCCGCGAGAAAUCCUACGUCUUUGACGUGGCCUUCGACUUCACGGCAACUCAGGAGAUGGUCUAUCGCGCCACCACCAAGGGCCUGAUCGAAGGCGUCAUCUCCGGGUACAACGCCACUGUCUUCGCCUACGGCCCCACCGGCUGUGGGAAGACAUACACCAUGCUGGGCACAGACCACGAGCCUGGCAUCUACGCACGCACCCUCCACGACCUGUUCAGAGCCAUUGAGGAGACCAGCGACGACAUGGAGUACGAGGUGUCCAUGUCCUACCUCGAGAUCUACAACGAGAUGAUCCGGGACCUGCUCAACCCGUCGCUGGGCUUCUUGGAGCUGCGGGAGGAUGCCAAGGGAGUGAUCCAGGUGGCGGGGAUCACAGAAGUCUCCACCAUCAACGCCAAGGAGAUCAUGCAGCUGCUGCUGAAGGGGAACAAGCAGCGGAUGCAGGAGCCCACGGCCGCCAACCAGACGUCGUCGCGGUCCCACGCCGUGCUGCAGGUCACCGUCCGCCAGAAGAGCCGCAUCAAGAACAUCAUGCAGGAGGUGCGGGUGGGGCGGCUCUUCAUGAUCGACCUGGCUGGCUCCGAGAGGGCGUCUCAGACCCAGAACCGUGGGCAGAGGAUGAAGGAGGGAGCCCACAUCAACCGAUCGCUGCUGGCGCUGGGGAACUGCAUCAACGCCCUGAGCGACAAGGGGGCCCCCAAGUACGUCAACUACCGCGACAGCAAGCUCACCCGCCUCCUGAAGGACUCCCUCGGGGGCAACAGCCGCACGGUCAUGAUCGCGCACAUCAGCCCGGCCAGCAGUGCCUUCGAGGAGUCCCGCAGCACCCUCACCUAUGCCGACCGCGCCAAGAGCAUCAAAACCACGGUGAAGCGGAACCUGCUCAAUGUCUCGUACCACAUUGCCCAGUACACCAGCAUCAUCUCGGACCUGCGCAGCGAGAUCCAGCGCCUCAAGUGCAAGAUCGACUCGCAGGGGCCGCGCCCGGCCCGAGGCGAGCGGGGCGACAUCCGCCACAUCCAAGCCGAGGUGCAGCUCCACAGCUCCCUCUGCGACCGGCAGGAGAUGGACCAGCUGCGGGAACAGCUGAUCGGCGCCUUCCAGGAGCAGAUGGACGUGCGGCGCCAGCUGAUGGAGCUGGAGAACAGCUCCAUGGAGCUCCAAAUCGAGAGCACCCGGCACCUGCUGACCAUUGCAGACUGGGACCAGGAGAAGAGGCGCCGCGCCCAGAAGUGCAGGGAGGAGCUGAGGAAGGACGAGAGCGAGAAGGAUUCAGACACCGGGGACGAGCAGCCGGACGCGCCGGAGCCGCAGGACGUGAUCUCGGCCAGGGAGAACAUCGCCGCCCUCAUGGGGGAGCAGAAGAAGCUGCGCAAGCAAAAGGCGGAGCUGGAGAAGCGGUUCAAGGAGAUCCGCCAGCGGGGGCGGCGGCUGGAGGAGGUGCUGCCGCGGCGCAUCAGCUCGGAGGAGCAGCGCGAGGUGCUGAGCCUGCUCUGCAAGGUGCAUGAGCUGGAGCUGGAGAACACGGAGAUGCAGUCCAGCGCCCUGCUCAAGGACAACGUCAUCCGCCACAAGAACUACGUGGUGCGGCGCUUCGAGCAGCACCGCAGCCUCUGCGACCGCAUCAUCCAGCAGCAGAGGCAGAUCAUCCACGAAUAUCACCUCUCGGUCCCGCACCACCUGGAGGAGCUGUAUGAGAUCUACCUGCGGGAGCUGGAGGAGGGCAGCCUGGACCGGGUCACCAGCCUGGACCGCGUGGCCGCCAAAGCCCUGAAGGACACGUCUCUGCCCAAGAUCCCCCAGCUCCCGGCUGCAGAGAGCGCCCUGGACUCCGACCAGGAGAGCGUGAGGACGCUGGGCUCGGAGCACCAGCUGCUGCUGCAGCGCGACUCCCGCAGGCACGCCCUGCCGCCCCUCGUGCCGGACGCAGAGAGCGACCCGGCCCAGGUGUUCAGGACCAGCCCUCGGGUGCGGCAGAUCAAGAGUUCGGCUGUGCUGACCCCGCCCCCGAUCCACGUGAACGGCAUGGUGACCCAAGAGUACCUGCACCGGGGGAGCCUGGCCAGCCUGGAGAGCCACCCCAACUCCUCCCCGGACAGCAGCGAGAACUGCUCGGACGUCGCCCUGACGCGCAGAGAGCGCAGGGAGAUCCUGAGCAGCACCAAGAGCAUUGCGGUGAAGGCUGCCCGGCGCCGCUCCCGGGUGCUGGAGUCCGACCGGCUGCACCUGCUGGAGCCCAUGAAGGAGCGGAGCAGCCUGUCGCUGCACUCCCUGAGCGAGAGCGAAGACCCCCUCUCCCCGGAGACCCCCGCCUCCCGGCGCCCGCCCUGCCCCGGCCUGCAGCAUGCCGCCAGCGAGGACAACCUGUCCAGCAGCACCGGGGAGACGGCCUCGCGGGCCGAGGGCCUCCGCCCCAGCCACUCCCCCGGGCCCUGGCUCCGGGGGCACAAGAAGGGCGGCAAGAAGCUGGGGAAGAGGGAGGAGUCGCUGGACGGCAAAAGGCGGAAGCGACGGUCUAGGUCCUUCGAGGUCACCGGCCACGGGCUCCCAGGACCGAAGCCCAACGUAACUCGGUGCCGCCCCCUCGAGAGCAACUCUGAGCACAGGAUGCCGGCGGGGGGGCCGCCGGCGCCGCACCCCCGGGCGCCUGGCAAAGCCAAAGGGAGGCUCCCGCAGAGCCAGCAUGCAGGUCCGGGGGACCCGGCGUCUCUCCCGCUCCCCCUCCCUCAUCCCGGCAGCUUGAAGAAAGGCCCCCAGCCCAGCCAGCACCCCCGCCUGAGCUACAUCACGCUGAACGGCACCAACGCGUACGCCAAGGACGGCAGGAGCCGGCGCUAUUGACGGGCCGAGAGCA